UCGGCGCGGGGCUGGCGGCGGUGCCCGCUCGGGCCCUUCCCCAGGGCAGCGCCAGGGGCAUGCGGGCACCCGGGGCCCCGCGGCCCGCGCCGCCCGCCGCCUGAGCCCCUGCGUUCGCCGUCCCGGAGCUGCCGGCGGCAUGAUCCGACGGGCCGGGGCGCCCGCGCGCGCGGCCCCCGCGGGUCCUAUUCCAGAUGUUGGCAAAGGAAAGGGACAGGAGGAGGAGGAGGAAGAUGGCGUGGGGCCUUGCCUGCCAGUCACUCCGAAGAACUGCCUUCCUCGCCGGGGCAUCAGCGUCCUGGAGAAGCUCGUCAAGACGUGCCCGGUGUGGCUGCAUCUGGGUUUGGGCCGGGUGGAGGCGGCCAGGAUCCUGCACCAGGAGGCGGCCGGGGCAUUCCUGGUCCGCCGGGACGGCAGCUUGAAGCAGCUGGUGCUCUGCGUCCACUUCCCUCCCCUGAACGAGAGCGCGUCCAAGGUGCUGGAGUACACCAUUAAAGAAGAAAAAUCGAUAUUAUACCUGGAAGGCUCGGUUCUUGUGUUUGAGGACAUCUUCAGACUGAUCGCAUUCUACUGUGUCAGUAGAGAUUUACUGCCCUUCACGCUGAGGCUACCCCAGGCCAUCCUUGAGGCCAGCAGCUUCACAGACCUCGAGACCAUCUCCAACCUGGGCCUGGGCUUCUGGGACUCCUCGCUGAACCCCCGGCGAGGAGGUGGGAGCCCAGCGGAGCCCCCAAGAGACCCAGCCCCCGGAGCGCCCCCCACCUCCAGCCUCAGGUCCUCCGCCCAUUUCGAAAACUGCUCGUGUGAAAUCGAACUGUCCAUAGGAAACGGCCACCUGUGGUUUGUGAACCCCAUCUUCAUCGAGGACUGUGGCCGCGGCCUGCCCGCCGACCAGCCACCCCCUGGAAGCUGGCCCUCGCGCCCGUGCCCCUUGCCUCCCGCCUCUGACGCCACCUCCCCCACCUCCCGGUGGGCCCCUCGCCGCCCAGCGCCCCCUCCCCCACCGCUCCCUCUCCAUCCCCCCGGCUUCAGCCGGCCUCCUCCCCCUGCUCCCGCCUGCCCUUCGCCCAGUUCUCCCCCAGCGGCUGCUCCCCUGCCUCCAGAGGCCCCGCCUCCCUCUCCCCCAGCCUCUGCCCCCCACCUGGCGCCCCAUGCCCCAGACACCCCGGAGCUUCCAAGCCAGCCACCCAUGACAGCCUGUGAGAGUCUCCCACGCUCCCUCUCAGGCCUGGGCCCCCUCAGGGAGGAAGAGAUGAAGGCGGGGGCCGCCCCCAGCCCCUUGCAGGCCCCCGCCCCUCCAGGGCCUGCAAAGAAGAGCCUCCCCGCCGCUCCUCCCAGACGCCGCAUCUCGGAGAAGGUCUCCCUGGAGGACCAGAGCGCAGGGAAGGCGGACAAGGGGGCAGCAGCACAGGGGGACCCGGGGGCUCUUUCCAGGGCAUCCCCGCUCCACCCGCCUCCCCAGGGGACCUCAGACAGCCCUGGGGACAGGCCUCAGAGAACCACAGAGCAAGGCCAGGAAGCAGCAGCCAGAGCCAAAGAUCCGGGCAGCAUGCCAGAGCCUCCGAGGAAGAUCCGCCAAGCCCCAGUCCCACCUCCCAGGAAGAAACGGAUCUCCCGGCAGCUGGCCUCGGUCCUCCCAGCUCCCCUGGAGGCCCCCAAGAACCCCACGCCUGCUCCACCUGGAGAAGGUCAAGGUCCUGCCUCCCCAGCCAGGACUCAGAGCCCGCGUGCCCGGGCUGGGGCCCGACCCCAGAGCACCCCAGAGUUCAAGGGCUCCCUGGCCUCCCUCUCGGACAGCUUGGGAGUGCCCGCCUCGGCUGCGGACCAGGACUCCUACUCGACCAGCAGCACAGAGGAGGAGCUGGAGCAGUUCAGCAGCCCCGGUGUGAAGAAGAAGUCGUCGAUGAUCCUGGGCAAGGCACGCCACCGCCUGAGCUUCGUGAGCUUCUCCAGCGUCUUCAAUGCCUUCCUCUCCAACAACCGCAAGCUGUACAAGAAGGUGGUGGAGCUGGCCCAGGACAAGGCCUCGUACUUCGGCAACCUGGUGCAGGACUACAAAGUGUACAGCCUGGAGAUGAUGACGCACCAGACCUCCAGCACGGAGAUGCUGCAAGAAAUCCGCACCAUGAUGACCCAGCUCAAGAGCUACCUGCUGCAGAGCACUGAGCUCAAGGCCCUGGUGGACCCCACCCUGCACUCCGAGGAGGAGCUAGAAGCCAUUGUGGAGUCUGCCUUGUACAAGUGUGUCCUGAAGCCCCUGAAGGAAGCCAUCAACACAUGCCUACAUGAGAUUCACAGCAAGGAUGGCUCGCUGCAGCAGCUCAAGGAAAACCAGCUGGUGAUCCUGGCCACCACCACCACCGACCUGGGUGUGACCACCAGCGUGCCCGAGGUGCCCAUCAUGGAGAAGAUCCUGCAGAAGUUCACCAGCAUGCAUAAGGCCUACUCACCCGAGAAGAAGAUCUCCAUCCUGCUCAAGACCUGUAAGCUCAUCUACGACUCCAUGGCCCUCGGCAACCCAGGGAAGCCCUACGGGGCCGACGACUUCCUGCCGGUGCUCAUGUACGUUCUUGCCCGCAGCAACCUCACGGAGAUGCUUCUCAACGUCGAGUACAUGAUGGAGCUCAUGGACCCUGCCCUGCAGCUGGGGGAGGGUUCCUACUAUCUGACCACCACCUACGGGGCCCUGGAGCACAUCAAGAACUACGACAAGAUCACGGUGACCCGGCAGCUGAGCAUGGAGGUGCAGGACUCCAUCCACCGCUGGGAGCGCCGGCGCACGCUCAACAAGGCCCGGGCCUCCCGCUCCUCCGUGCAGGACUUCAUCUGCGUGUCGUACCUGGAGCCCGAGCAGCAGUCGCGGACGCUGGCGUCGCGGGCGGACACGCUGGCCGAGGCGCUGUGCGCUCAGUGCGCGGAGAAGUUCGAGGUGGUGCAUCCCCAGGACCACCGGCUCUUCGUGCUCGUGGACGGCCGCUGCUUCCAGCUGGCCGACGAGGCGCUGCCGCACCACAUCAAGGGCUACCUGCUGCGGAGCGAGCCCAAGCGCGACUUCCACUUCGUGUACCGGCCCCUGGACGGCGGCGGGGACAGCGGGGGCCCGCCGUGCCUUGUGGUGCGGGAGCCCAACUUCCUGUGAGGCCGGGGCUGCGGCCCCUCCAGUGGCAGUGCUCACCCAGGCAGAGAAGCCCGCAGACCGGGCCCGCAUCCUCACCCCCCACGUUCACACUCAGCCGCACCCACGCAUACACGCACGUACACGCACACUCCCAACAGGGAUGACCACACGUCACACGUGCUUGCAACCCACUGAGCGUGCCUAGGCCAACGUGGCAGGACCAUUGUGUAAACAACGUGAUCGGUGGCCCCCAGUGUGCUUCCUGAAGGAGAGUCACAGCCCCCAAAGGCCAAGUUCUUUAUUAGGCAGAAAGGGAAACAGAGGCUCAGAGAGAGAAGGGACUCUCCAGCCCCCUACAGCAAAAAGAGCCCAAGCCUGGUCCCUGUGCACACACAGCCCCUCAGGGCAGUCCGUCUGCCCCCGGCCCCCUGUGCCCGCCCCGUCCUCAUUCUUUCCCAGGGAGGGCUUUGUUUCCCCAGGACUGUCCUCAGGAGGAGUGGGCUGUCCUCAGGAGGAGUGGGCUGGCCGCAGCUGCUUCCCGCUCCGUCCCCCCCCGCCCCCCCCAGGAUGGAGCUGGGGUGUUUUGGACCCACCCAGCAUCUCAGGAGCAUCUCAGGGUGUGUGAGGAGACAGCUCCCCCACCCCUGCAUCAGAGCCUGCUCUCGGCUAUCAGCACCUGCAGUCCUGCCACAGCUCCUGAGCCCCUCCAGAAGCAGCUAGACAUACACUGGGACCUCCAAGUGAGGCCAGCUCCAUGGCUAUGUGGCUAAGCCCAGCCCUGGCCACAGGGGACGCUGACAGGGCCCUUUUCUUGGCGGGCACCCCAGGGCUGUGGCAGUUGCGGCAAGAGGCACUGUAAGGACAGUGUUUAAUAAAAGCUCUUUUAAA